AAUUGUUUUUAAGGUUGGUUUUUAAUACUAGGGAAUUUGAGAAUUUUGUUAUUUUAUUCAAAUUUCUUUUUUUACAAUUUUCUUAAUAAGUAAAAUUAUCAUUCUUGUACCAACUUCAAUGUUUUGUACUUUGCGGUUUUUAUAAAAUCCAUUUUCCCAAGCCAGGUGUAUUCUUAUUUUUUUAUACAUACAAACACUUAAGAUUUUCAUCAAUAUCAAGUAUUUCUGUUGAAUGUAAAACUGUAUUAUGUCAAAUACAUUUUAAUCAUCUCAUUAACUCUUCAGGAUAUCAAGUAUAUUUUUGUACAAUUGUUAACUCCAAGUUGGUUGGACAAUUUCAUUAGCAUUUUAUGUAGUAAGCAAUUACUAAAUAAUUUUUGAUCCCCAUCAACUGUAAUAAUGACAUCGUCAGAAGAUGUGCUCCUUCAAGUGGGGCCAGUACGGCAUAAGAAGGGCGAUGGGACAUUGUAUGUCAUGAGUCAACAUGUUGCAUUUAUUCUCAAUUCUAGCGAUACUGUUGCUAUUAGCCACCAUUAUAGAGAUAUUAAAAUGCAAAAAAUAUCAUCAGAAUUCAAAAACAAAGUUCAAUUACAGUUGGUGUUUCAUGACGAAACAAUUUCACUAUUUCAAUUUACCAACUCUGAGAGGAGUGAAGCUAUGCGAGAUAGAAAUCGAGUUAAAGACUUAAUACAACAAUUAUUGCCAAAAUAUCAAAAACAAGCAAACAAAGAAUUUGGUGAAAAAAGCCGUAUUCUUGGCGAAAAUCGUAUGCUUUUUCAGCUAUAUCAAGACCUAGUCAUUACCCAUGUCAUAACAUCCGAAGAAUUUUGGUCACAACAUGUCCCUUAUCAUUUAGCUACUCAAUCCAAAGUAAUUACUCAAAAAACUGGUGUACCUAAUAAUUUUCUUACCAAUGUUACUGUUAAAAGUGAUGGUACAAAAAAAUUCAAUUUAUCUAAUGAUACCAUACAAUGUAUCUUUAAAACAUAUCCAGCAGUUAGACAAAAACAUAUAGAAUAUGUACCACAUCAAUUAACAGAAUCAGAAUUUUGGCAAAAGUUCCUAGAAUCCCAUUAUUUUCAUAAAGACCGUAUUACUACUGGAAGUACAAAAGAUUUAUUUAAUGACUGUGCCAAAUUGGACGAUAAUUUAUUUAAAAAUGAAAUUAAAGAUUUAUCUAAAAAUAAUACAGAUUGUUAUGUUGGAUCAAUCGAAGAUGAUGGAUCUGAUGAUAAUAUAAUAUCUAUAUCUGAAGAAAAAUCUUCAAUGGCAAAUAUUGUUCAUGAAAAUAUUAUUAAACGGUUUAAUCAACAUUCAAUGAUGGUUCUUAAAACAUGUGAAAAAUCUAAUGUAAACUCUAUACCUAAUGGAAAUGAUUUAAAAGUACCAUCUAAUUCAUCUCAUAUAAAUGGUACACCAGAUACUUCAUUAAAGAGGUUGAGAAUUCAAGAAAAAAAUGAUUUUGAAGAUCUCAAUCCAGAAACAGAAACUUUGGAUAUUAAUCAAAAGAAAUUGAAAUUAUCUAGAGUAGAAAGCUAUGUAAAUUGUUUAACAAGAGAACAUAAACAUGAUAAUACUGCAUCCAAACUUUCUAAAGCAAGGGAAGUGCAGAAGAGUAUUAUUUAUGAUGUUUAUGAAUGGAGCAAGUCAACUUCAAAUCAAGUAAUUGAACCUAGUGCAGCUGUUAAUACUCUUGGUUUGCUUACACCAGGAGGAAGUUUAAUGAAGGGUAUUAGUGACGAAUCUGCUUCAUUAGCUCAGUUGGUACCAGUUACAGUUGAAAAGGAUUUACGGCAGUUGUAUGUUUCUUUAGGAGAACUAUUAAGACAUUUUUGGUCAUGUUUUCCUGUAACAACACCUGCAUUAGAAGAAAAACUAAUGAAAACUCAUGAUUCCUUACAAAAAUUUCAAAACGCCAAAAUUAAGCCUUUUGAAGACCAAAUUAUUAUUAAUCAUGGUCAAUUAAAUCAGCUCACAAAUCAUUUAAAUCUAAUGUUACAUACUGCCUACAAUAAAUUUUCUGUUUGGCAUUCCAGACGAAAAAUACCUAAUAUUCUUUGACGAGCAGUUCAUCAUAUGUUUUUGUAUUAUAUAUUUAAUGUGCAACGAGACAUAAUUAGAACAUUAUUAUAUAAAGAAACAUCAAACCUUUUAAAAUAUAAAUUUAUCAUUAUUAAAAAUUUAUAUGAUGCCAUUGCAUCAAUGAAAAAUGUACGAUCAAUAGUUAUUAAGAAUUUAAUUAUUUAGAUUUAAGACACCUUUUAAAAAUAUUCUAUGCUUGAUACCCUAUAUAGUAUUUAGGGGUGAAGGGAUAGAAGACAAGGUUAAUUUUAAUAAAAAAAAUAACAUGUUUUUAUUUAUUUAAAUAAAUACAGAAAUAUAAUUUACUUUAAACAUUACAAAUAAUGUGUGUAUUAUAAACAUAACAUAAUUGACUGUAAUUAUUUAAUUAUAUUCUUAAGAAAUGUACUGAUAACAAAUAUUUAUUGUUCAAUUCCUAUUGUAUAAGUUAAAAAUCUUUAAUUAUUUUAUAAAUGUAUCUAUUGUUAACCAAAAUAUUUCAAUGUAAAAUUGUUUUUCAUUUAUGCAAAAUACAUGCAUUAUUAUUUUUGUUAAUAUUUUUUAAAUAACAAAAAAUUAUUUAUUAUAUUUUGAUAUCUUGUUAACAGUUGUAGGUAUUACCUAUUAUCAUUUAUUUUACUACCAGUACUAUCCUUUAAUCAUAUAUUCAGGCAUUAAAUAUGAAUUUGUUGAUAUUAUGCACAAAAGGCAAAUCCUUCAAUAAUAACUGAAUAGUAACUAUUAACUAAUAUAGAUGACUAAUAGUUAGUACCUACAGAAUACAAUUUAUUGUUAUAAUUAUUUUGUAAGCGGUGGAUUUUAUACUUCAGAAUAUUAAGAAAAGUAUCUAAACUUGGUAUUGGUGAAUUGUAAUAUAAAAUUUUAAAACAUC